AUGUUCGCUGUGGUGGUCAGCCUGGUCCUGUUGUCGGCUGAAGCUGGCAGCAUUCGCGGCCGGGAGGAGGGGCGAACCAUUGCGGUAAAGGAUGUCCAGGCGGACUUACAAGAUGCCAUGGAGGCCGUGCUACGUGGGGAUUCUGCGUCCAAGCGCGUGGCCAACAUUGAGGCGCGUGUGUGGCAGACAUUCCAGGCCUUGCCCAAGAACGAAGUGGGGCGUUUGGCUCCGCGUGGUGUGCGAUACCUUGUGCACAGCUACUUCAUGAAGGAGCACGGCUGGCUGAUCAAGGGCUUGGACCCGCACGGCAACCAGGAUGAAGUGUCGGACGUGCAGGACGCAAGCAUCUUGCAAGACAAGGCUCCCGCGCUGGUCGAGUCGCUGUUGGAGGCAAGACGAUCCAAUCAUGGGCUGGCCUUGAACGAUGUCAUCACCAUGAUUGCCACUCUAGAGCGCUUGAUCUUUGACGAGUCCUUGACCCUCCUUCAAGCUGCCUACAACUUCAACGGUGUGAGCAUGGAUGGCUCAGUAGAGCAGAAGAGCGUUCACGACGUCCUCACCUCUUACCUCCUGCUUUUCCAGCUGGGAAACAAGGGCAACCUCACUGAUGCAAGGCUUCACCGUGCAUUGAAGGCGCGGGUGUCCCAGAGGGAUGAUUGGCUCGUGGUUGACGAGUUCCAGAGGGAUGCAGUGCUGAACCAUGACUUUGCCAAGCAGUCCCGCUCCAAUCCAUUUGUGGAGCCACUCUAUACCUUCCAGGACAGCUCUGACAUUGUGGAAGAGCUUGCCCACGGCUACGGAAAGUGGCAGAACACGGAGUGUCGGCAGAUGAAGGAUGACUUGAUGGAGCUGGACAGUGAUGGUGACGGCCGCAUUCCCAUCGGGAAGUUCUAUGGCCGCUCUGAUAACACCAAGUAUCAGUUCACCGUGUACCUGCAGUACUUGCAGGUGGACACUCCUAGGCAGCGCGUUUGCAUGCCCAGCUGGUUGAAGACAUCCUACAGAGGAAUGGUGGCGGGGCGUUGCCUUUGCAUGGUCGGGUGUUCUUUCGUGAAUGGCUCCACUACGCCUUUUCCGAAACGAGUGCCGUACCCUUCACAUGUGGAAGCCAAGACUUUGACACCCUCCCACUGGGCAAACAAGAAAGUGUCUGUGGAGCCGGAGACUCGAUCGGAGCUUGCUUCCACGGCUGCGGAGGAGGAGGACAGCUUGCCGAAGGAGAUCGUGUGGAGUUCUCAGGAAGUGCUGCACGUGCAGGAGACCAAGAAACGGUCCACCUCAGUCUUCAGAACCAUCAUGCAGCUGGCAGUUCUGUUGGCGGUGUUGCGUGCAGCCAUCGGCAACUGGGCAACUCUCCGCAGCAUGGUGGCUCCAACGAAGGGGAAGAAGUGCGACGACUUUCAGCUUCCCUUCUGA